GCCGGGAGAUGCUGUGAGCCGUUGCUGUCACUGUCAUCAUUCAUGUUGUGCCAUCAUGGUCCUCCUCCAUCGGGGGGUCGCACUCGCUGCGAGACAGAUCGACUGCCAUCCAGAGCUGGAAUGAAGGGUUCGAUUGCCUGCCGAAGCAGCCUCAACGUCAAUGCUUCGUGUUGGCAAGGACACGGACACCCACAAGACUGAAUGAAGUCUGCGAGGAAGAGUUGCCGCCAAAGCACCCCCCCCAGCCCGGAUGGAGGUGAUGGAGGGGUGGUGGACAACUUGGUCGGGAUGUUGGAGGUUGGUCAUGACUGAUGGAAUCCUCGGCAGAUGCAUUUCUCAUAUUUCUGUGGUGAGGACAAUUGUCCCAAGUGCGGGCACUCGCCUAACCGUACUGCUCACUGACAGUAAUGAACCCGAAGAUACGAUCCUGAUCGAAACAUUGAGCGCUGAUUCGGGAUAUCCGAGGGCUUGGCUGAAGUCGUAUGAUAUUCAGACGCAUUGCUGCCGCAUGAAAACGAACCCCGCGAGACUCGUGAGAGACAGGCACAUCGGAGGCGGAAGAGAGCUAUGCAGAAACGGGAAGAUGGAGCCGCCUCUCACAUGUCUGUCUUGGAUGAUGCUCCAGUCUCAACUGCUCGACCGACUGCACUGUGCUCCGGAGCACUCCUCAUGGCAUCCCGUCAGCUGCAAGUUGCAGCAUCGUGUCGGCGGUAAGCUGCGCAGGACUCCGGGCGGCGCGCCGACCCACCGUUGGGGUUACCUUAUCUGCGGGGGAGGGGCCCCGUAGGAUGCUGGAAACAGGCAUGACAUGGCCAUGGCAUCUGGUGGGGGGCACGGCAGUUGUAAAUGCGCUCACUUGCUCUCUCAGGCU